AUAAAACAUAUGUUGACAAACUGCAGAAUUUUGCAUUUGAAAAAAAGUAAUAAAUCACAAUAUAUCGUAUCGCAAUACUCAGUAUAUCGCAAAAUGUUUACAAUCGCAAUAAAGUCGUAUUGUGAUUAUAUUGCGUCGUGGGGCUUCUGGUGAUUCCCACCUUUAGUGAUUUGUAGUUGAUAGUGACAGUAGUUCAUGCAAAACCAGUUUGGUACUUUUAGAAAAGGACUAGAAGCAACAAACAAAAACCUUAAUAAAACUGCCUUUGAGGAAGGACUGGUUGGUGAGGCAAUGAUUAGGUUUAAUGGAUUACAAUCUCUUUUGUCCUGUUCUUCCCUGAAUAUUUCCGUUAUUACGUAUCAGAGAACACACUCUGACACUUCGCUCCCUCUUUCUCUGCUCCCCAACAGACGAGAACUUCAUUCUCAAACACGACAGAGCCUUCCUGUUGUCGAUGGCCAAUCGUGGGAAGGACACCAACGCUUCGCAGUUUUUCAUGUGAGUAAAAUGAAGUAAAUCAAAUCACUCUGCACCUUUUUAAUAACUAUACCAUUUAACUGACGGGUCACUACAUUAUUUAUUUGCUCUCUGUAGAGUAUAACUUGUCAUUGAGUGUGAACGUCAUCCACCCCUCUCUCUCUCUCUCUGUGUGCAGUUAGAUGUUCAAAGUGCAGAGAAACAUGGAUUCAUUCUUUUUUACCUACAAAUGUGUUACAUUUUUUCUCUUGCCGUUUUUGUGUAAAAUUUACAGAAACUCUAGCAUCCUGCUCUUCCAAGCACAACCAAGAUGGCGCCUCAUCUCGAUGGAGUCCACGUCGUCUUUGGUCUGGUCAUCUCCGGCUUUGAGGUGAUAAAGAAGGUCGAGGGGCUGAAGACUGAUUCAGCCAGCAGACCCUACGCUGAUGUGAGAGUGAUGGACUGUGGACAACUUUUCACCAAGUCCGCUAAUGACGUACUUGAAGGCAAGAGGAAAAGAACCAAUCAUCCGGCUGACUCGUCCCUCAAUUCCCACGACUCGUCCUCUCAGUUCUCCUCUUCAUUUGGAUCUGAAAGCGAAUCAGAUGAAAAGCACAAACAUCGCAAGCACAAGAGACAUGCAACGAGUAAACGGUCUAAAAGGAGAAGGAGGGAAUCAAAGAAGGAGAAGAAUGUUGAUGUUCUGCCCUCCAAACAAAGCUCUCACAGUCCUGUGGAAGGAGAGAUGUUGGAGGCAGUCAGUGAUGUGGAGGGAGAGAAGGAGCAGAGUGGGAGGAGGGAGAAGCCUGUAGUCCGACCAGAGGAAAUCCCACCGGUGCCCGAGAACCGCUUCCUGCUGCGACGGGACAUGCCAUCUCAGGAUGAUAAAACAGAGAUAGUUGAGAAAGAUGAAGCGUCUCUUUCAGCUGACCAGAAACCAGCCGUCUCCAAGUCUGGACGGAAGAUUAAAGGCAGAGGAACAAUGAGAUAUCACACCCCCACAAGAUCUAAAUCGCGCUCUGCAUCUGUGGAAGAACGCGGCAGCAGUGAAACUCCGCCACACUGGAAAGAAGAGAUGAAGAGAACCAAAGUUUAUCAACCGCCGAGCGUCGAGAGAUGGAGCAAAGGAGACAAAUUGAAUGACCAUUCCUCAAGCAGAUGGGACGACAGGAGCGACUCAGUAUGGUCCCGGUCUGCAGAACACUCCUCGGACCGCAGCUCCGAGAGGUCCAGCCUGCGCCGCCAGCAGAAGAAAGAGAAGAAGAAAGCCAAACACAAGAAGAAGGCCAAAAAACAGAAACGUGGCAAGAAGAAGAGCUCUGAGAACAAACCUCAAGAGCCUCUCCCGUCAGUGGGUGAGAAGUCGGUGUCUUCAGAAAGGAAGUCCAGAUCCCGCUCUCCAUCCCGCUCCUCUUCAAAUCAGCAUAAGUCACCCACUCGGAGGAGACGGCGGUCCUCGCUGUCUUUCAGAGACUCACGAUCCUACUCUAAAUCCUACACAUCCAGUCAGUCCAGAUCAAGAGGGAGGUCCAGGACUUAUUCAAGAUCCAGAAGCCUGUCUAGGUCUAGAAGUCGGUCUUUUUCUAGAUCCAGAUCUCAGUCCUAUUCCCGAUCCAGGUCAAGAUCAAGAUCCAGGUACAGAUCUAGGUCUUUGUCUCCAACCAGAAAGAAGAGUUCAUCCAGAUCCCCGAGAAAGAGGAAAGCCAGCAAGCCCAAAGCGGACGCCAUGAUACCCGAGAAGCUUCCAGAGAGCAAGGUCAAGCCCGUCCCCAGACUCCCGAGCGUCCCGGCUCCUGAAAGCGCCCCUGUGAUCCCCAUGAGUGACAGUCCCCCACCCUCACGCUGGAAACCCGACCAAAAGCCCUGGAAGCCCUCUUACAUCCACAUUCAGGAGAUUAAAGCUAAAGUAGCUACCAAUUACGCCGCUGGACAAACGGCAGCGAGUGUUUCAGAAAAAGCUCCAACUUCCGUCGCUCCAAAGUGUCUGCCGGGUGACUCUGAAAGCCACAAACCUGCAGGGCGCUCACACAGCAGGUCCUCCAGAAGCAAGUCCUACAGCCACUCAUACAGUCGCUCAAGGAGCAGAAGUUACAGCAGGUCCAGGUCCAGAUCCCCUCAUCAGUAUAACAGCAGGUCGUCCUCCUACAGCAGAUCAGACUCUGAAAACUCCCAGAAGGCAUGCAGCAACAAGAAGAACUCACUAGACAAGGAAUGGAAAGAGUAUUACAGCUCUCUGAGGAGGAUAAAGAAUUUAGAUAAGUACAUUUCACUCACCGGCAGUCAGGAUGCUCAGUCAGGAUCGGAGAAGGGGGCAAGCUGUGGGCGUAGUCCUGAUAUCAGCGACUCCUUGGAGAAAAUAAAAGAGACACAGGAUCAAGAGACGAAACAUCACGGCUCAAUGCCGGCAGAGAGCUUUAACAGCAGGUCUGAAUGGGACAGUGACAGUGAUAAAGUGAGCCAAAGCAACAGCGCUGCCCGGUCAAAAAAGAAGAAACAGGCAGCUCAGUCCAGCGAGGUGCUUGACAAGAAGUUGUCUGCUCUCACUGGAUGGAAUUCAGAAAGCGAUUCUGAAAAUAUAACCGCCAAGACGUUGGCCAUAUCUGAAAAAGAGGAAGGAGAGGCUAGUUCAGAAUCAGACUAUGAGACUUCCAGGAAGACGUCGGAGGUAGUGGCCGAGUUGGCACACAAGAUCGCUGCUGCUGCCGGUGACAAGUCAGAGGAAAAACCUGAGAAGGCCGCAGAACCCGAGAAGCACAAGAGCAAGAAGAAGGCCAAACGUAAGCACAAACGAAAACGAAGAAGUGAAAACAAAAGCGGUAAGGACAAAGGAAAGAGAUCGAAGAGGAAACAUCUGAAGCUCAAAGAGACUUUUCACUGGCAGCCUCCUUUGGAGUUCGGAGACGAGGAAGAAGAGGAUGAAUCAAAACGAGAGAAACGAAGUCCUGGUAGAGCUGUCAAAGCGAGGCCUGGUGUAGGCGAUGAUAAAUUAACCUCUUUAAACAAGAAUCCGACCAGAGAAAAAGAGAGGGCGCAACAGAGAGCAAAAGAAUGUAUCAACAAAAACCCAAAACACACUGAGCCUCAUCUUCAGUCGUCCAACAGGAAUGGUGCUGAUUUACCCAGCGUCAAAGAGCAGGAAGCGUUAGAUGAUAUGGACAUUUGUACCCCAGAUCAUGAUGCUGAAAUUGUAGAACCACCAGUUAUGCAGGAUUUGUAUAAUAACGCCCCCGAGUUAACCCUAAAAUCUACCUCAAAGUCUUCAGAUAUGGCGAGCAGAGAUAGUGCUUUACCCCACAGCAAAGAGCAGCCUUCUCUUGCCUCCAUGACAGCAGCUGGUGGACCACAAGAUGAAGCUGGUAAACCUACCGGCACCGCCAUUAAUUUCAAAUGGAGGCCUUUGAAAGGAAUGUCAGCUCUACAGAACGUCAAUGUGCCGCCUGUUGUCACAAAAAACGUCCAACUUCAGGAGAACCUGAACCCCAACACGCAGGCAGUGAGGAUGGAGAUAAAAAGCAAAAGCCGGGUCCGACCGGGAUCGCUGUUUGACGAGGUUCGUAAGACGGCGCGGCUCAACCAGAGGCCGAGAAACCAGGAGAGCUCCAGCGAGGAGAGGUCCCCCUCUGUGGGAAACACACGGGCGACGUCCCGCACACGGUCCCCGAAGAAGUCGCACUCUGUUUCCAGUCACCGGUCCCGCUCCAGAGGCUGGUCCCACUCCUACAGCAGGUCCAGGAGCAGAUCCCGUAGCUCCAGCUCCUCCUCCAGGAGCCGUAGCAGGAGUCGGAGGAGACGUGGAAGAGGACGGUCGCGCUCUCGUAGCAGCAGAUAUCACAGGAGUCACAGUCGGACGUACAGCAGGAGUCAUUCCAGAAGUCGCUCAUAUAAUCGCCGUCGGAGAUCCAGGUCGGACUCCUACGACAGCUAUUCUAGUCGGAGUCGCAGUGCGAGCAGGAGACGAGGGCGCAGACGAAGUGACAGCUACAGGAGUUCGGACCGCCGAUCCCGGUCGUACCGCUCCUCCAGCCGCAGUACUUCCAGGCGCAGAAGUCACAGUCGCAGCAGUCGGUACAGUUGAGCCUCAGCAGGCAGGUUGUCGGGUUCAAGGCUGCUGAGAGGGAACAAAACCACGAAGUCUGGACACUGUGUGUGCACAAAUCAUAGGAAUAACUGCGAUCAUCACAGAUCAGCAACUAAAGCUCCAAGAGGAAAAGUUGUAUUCCAUCUUGUUACUGGUUUAAUACUGUACGACAGUCUUUGAGGAAAUGAAUGUUAUAGAAUUUGAAUAAAUAAACCACUUUACAAGCUUAUACAUAAGGCAGAUUUCCACAGCUGAGAACAACAGCCUAGAGGUAUAAAAAAGUCCUACGUUAUAAAUAAUAUGAGAAAUAAGCUGUAUAUAUUUUAUAUUUGUUUAUUCCUUUUCUACUUUUGUUUUUUUCUACACUGAAAUGUACAAUCAUUAUACUGUAAGUGUCUAAUCCUCCCAGUUCUGACGUGUUUGAGGAGUUAGUGGGUAAAAUUGAGGCUCUGCCUUAAAUUCAGUCUUUUUUUUUUCGUAAAAAAGUCAUCACUCAAUGGAAAAAAUAGCUUUUUCUGGCAGCUUCAAGUUGUAAUUCAUCUUUGUUUCAUUCGUUUAUUGCUGUAUCAUGAAUGUUAAAAGCUGUACUCAAAGUAUAGUAUGUCUGAUUUGGAUUUUAUUCAAACAGUUAUGAAUGUUAAUAAAUGCCACAGCAUCUUAA